AUGUUACAGUGUAUCUUGAUUGCACUAAUACUAACCGUAUCGAUUACCGCAAAUGUCCACCCCAUCAUCAUCCACGGCCACUACUUUAUAGAUAGUAUCACAAAAGAACCAUUCUACAUCAAGGGAAUAGACUACCAGCCAGGUGGAUCGUCUGCAGUCUCCGAGCUCAACGACCCAUUAUCGGAUCCCGACAAAUGUGCUAGAGAUAUAAUCCUAUUUCAAGAAUUGGGUAUCAACACCAUUCGUAUUUAUUCAAUAAAUGCACACCUAAACCACGAUAAAUGCAUGACCAUGUUGGCCAAAGCAGGAAUAUACUUGUUUCUAGACGUAAACUCGCCAUUGCCACACCACCACCUAAACCGAUACGAGCCGUGGAAUUCGUACAACUUGUACUACUUUGAAAAUGUCUUUAAGGUGGUAGAACAGUUUUCCCACUACAACAACACGCUAGGGUUUAUUGCCGGGAACGAAAUUGUCAACGACCCCAUCUCCGCCAGUGUGGCUGCCCCAUAUGUCAAAGCGGUGGUCCGCGAAAUCAAAAGCUAUAUCGAAUACAAUGCACCAAGAACCAUCCCCGUCGGUUAUUCAGCGGCCGACGACUUGAACUAUCGAAUGCCACUAGCACAGUACCUCGAGUGUGGCGACGACAACCCCAAAGAAUCAGUCGACUUUUAUGGCGUCAACUCGUACCAGUGGUGUGGCGACCAGACAUUCUACAGCAGCGGGUACAACAUCUUGGUCAACGAUUACAAACAUUUCACCAAACCAAUGUUUUUUUCGGAAUAUGGGUGCAAUGAGGUGUUGCCGAGAAAUUUCGAUGAAGUCCCAGUAUUGUACACAAACGAUAUGAUAGAUGUUUUCAGUGGCGGAUUGGUAUACGAGUUCACCCAGGAACCAAACAACUAUGGCCUAGUCAAGGUUCUCUCCAAUGGCGACGUCAAAGUAUUGCGGGACUUUAUUCAGUUGAAAAACAAAUUCGACACCCUACCCGAGCUAGACUAUAGCUAUAUCAUCCAAUCAAUGAAGGAAAACGCAAAGGAUAUACACCAAAAGUUGACAACAUUUAAAACAUCAAUUCCGAAAUGUGAGUUGCUGUACCCUAAUCUUGACAUUUCUAGGGGCGUUCCCCCGACCAUCGCGCAGACAUUGAUUGAAACUGGCGUUGACGCUAAGCGCGGAGAAUAUGUGACUCUAUCCAACGAGGAUCUAACAACAACGUACAAAUUCUUCCAAGAAAGCGGCGAAAAACUAGCCAUCGUCAACAGAAUUGAAACCAUGGUGGAAGUUGAUGAAAAAGCGUUGGAAAACCGAGAAACACCCCAAGAACCUGCGGAAUCUGCUGAGCCUGCGGAACCCACAGAACCUGCAGAGCCCCCUUCACCACCACCUAGCACCCCGUUUAUCGACUUUAUCCACAAACUAAUAGACCCCUUCAAAACCUUCUGUGCUAACUUGUUUAAUUAA